GUAACGCCUCCGUGAGGUAGAGGACUUUAAAAUCCUUCACAGUAAAAUGAAAGCAAAAGGAGAGGGAAAUUUAGAAUGAGAGAAAUAAAAUAGUAAGAAGCUUGACUUUCUUGCGCAAGACUCUGUGGUGCGAAUCAAGUCUCAGGAUGAGUUCACAAGGUUCUGAAGAUCACAGUGCUAUCAAGAUGCCCUGUGCGUUUGAGCCUUAUAAGAAGCAUAAAAACAUGGGCAAAUGUCUAAUCAUCAGUAAUGAGCACUUCUGCUCACCACAUUUGUGUAGAAAGGGCUGUUCAGUAGAUGAAAACUUCCUGUCGAACGCGUUCAAGUCCCUGGGUUUUCAUCUACAGGUGGAGAAGAACCUGUCAGCUAAUGAAAUGGUUGGUGCACUGAGGAAAGUAUCUAAGGAGAACCACACAGACAAUUCCUGCUUUGUGUGUGUACUGAUGAGCCAUGGAGAGGAAGGAACAAUCCUUGGAUCGGAUGAGCGCUGGAUGCCUGUCAAAACUCUGACCUCUCUCAUGACCUCUGACCUCUGCCCUAGUCUUCGGGACAAGCCAAAACUCUUCUUCCUACAGGCCUGCAGGGGGCUGGAAUAUGACCCUGGUGUUGAGGCAGACAGUGUAGAAGCACCAGGGGAAUUUUCUGGGAUAUCUGACGUUCCCGAGGCAGAUUUCCUCUGCUGUUAUUCCACAGUGGAAGGGUACUACUCUUGGAGAAAUCCAGAAAAAGGCUCUGUAUUUAUCCAUGAACUUUGCGAGAUGUUGAAGGACUGUCAUCUAGAGAUUAUUCAGAUUCUGACAAGAGUAAACCAUCGUGUGGCCAAUCACUUCCAGUCUUACACCACAGACCCGGAUACACAUAGAAAGAGACAAAUGCCGUGCUUUGCCUCCAGACUGACCAAGGAUUUUUACCUUCACGUGCCAGAGAAGAAAAAUACAUUUUAUUUUUAAAUGACUGGCAGCAAGUCAGUGAUAAGGUUUGCGAGGCAGAAAUGUAUUGAUAUGUUAGCUCUUAUAUGCAAAUACUUUUCAUUCAGUGUUCUGUAAGAUACAUGGGUUAAUCAAUUGAUGUACAAAACUGUCAGA